UAAAAUAAGGUUUCACGUAUACUUACCAAACAGUUACAUAAUCAGAGCCCUCCCUCCUCCCCACAGAUGGACGUUGCGGCUCCACGAAUUGAAGUCUAAAAGCUCAGCAGUACCAGGUAUUCCUGAAAGUUAGCGGGAUCUGUAUCACCUACACGAACAAUGGCAGCGCUGCUACCGCCGCCAGGAAUUUGAAUUUUCGACUGCCAGGUUUUCAAAAAUGAAUCUGUUAUUGUUAGGAGUGAUAUUGUGUGUUCAGACAUCUUUGUUGUAUGGAAAGAGCGCUAAGACGAAAGAAAUAGAAUUUAAUCAUGGCUCGAUUAUCGAGAGAACAGAAGACAUUUGUAUGGUGUCGAGUAAUAUAGUCAUAGAAGUGGAUAUGCAGGCCAUAUUUUUGCCUGAAGAUGACGUCCUUAACUUAAAGAAUGACCUGAUGAGGUUUGCCAUUUUGCUUAAGGAAAUGCACCAACGUAAUUUUCAUGCUAACUCAGAGAUUUCGCUAGCUCAAACCCUAAGCGUCGCGGAAAUGUUGUCUUAUGACAUACAAAAUAAAACCGCUGAGGCAGAGGAACUUGCUCGUGACUUGCUGAUGUGGUCUGUGCGGCACAAUAAUCUUGAACGCCGCAACCCGCUUAUUCUGGCUGGACUAAACAUCUUGGGAUCUGUUGCGAGUCUAGGCUUAGGAAUUUCAAAUCGCCUUAAGAUAAAUAAUCAAAAUAAAAGAAUUGAGUUUUUGCAACACAAAACCGAAUUAGCUUUGUCUGAACUUCACAGCCAGUUAUCCUCAAUCAAUCAAAUAAUGAGUUUGGUAAACGAACAUUCAAAUAAUAUCGAUCAGAUUAUGGAAGUUCAACAUUUGCUGGCUACGUUAGCUUACUAUAGUUCGAAAAUAGAUCAUAUCCGUGUGAAAAUAUCACAUUUUAUUGAGAAAUCAAAAGACUAUGUAGAAGCUAUUACGUUAGCGACAAAGGGUGUGUUAUCUCCACACCUCAUGCCUAUUAAAGAUCUGACGUUAACUUUGGAGAACGGACGGGAGAAACUAGGUUAUAUUCCUUUAUUAGACGCCCAUAAAGUAGAGUUCUAUUAUAGCCUAAUAUCAGUCAGCGUUGAAAAUUAUAGGAUUAUGAUCACCAUACCUUUUGGCAAUCAUAUAAAAUAGCACCGUUUCCUACUUUCAUGACGAAUAACUCAAGUCCAGUAAUAUCCAAUUUGACGGGGCAUGUUCUGAUUUCUUCUGAUAGGAAAUCAUUUACAGUCAUUAAAGACUUAGAUAAACUCACUCACUGUUCAGAAGCCAUGAAUAAUAAAAUUUGUACAGCUGACUCUUUGAAUUCUAUCCUAUAUCAACGGAUUCAUGUGAGUUAGGCAUAGUGCUAAACGGCUCUCUCUCUCAUACACGCGAAGGUUGUCUGAAGAAACUUUAUCCCUUUUACAGUAAUAAGUUCAAUUACAGAAUGAAUAAUGGCUCCUGGAUCCGAUACGACAAAGACGGUUUUAAAGUCGAAUGCCCAGAUGGGACCACCGCCCAUUCCCCAAUCUUUGUAGCAGCUGAUGGUUGUACGGGGACAUCUACAAACUACACCGUCAGAGGGGUCAACACGAUAAUACGUGAGAAGGCGUAUUUUGCGAACUAUACCUGGGCGUCUACAAUUAUCCCAUCACUACCUCUCCCAUACAACGCGCGGGUGGCUCAUCGUUUGACGCAACUGGCUGAGAUGAACCACGCAUCACCGACUUAUGCAGGUGGAGAAAAUCUUCGUUACUACGUUCUGCUGGCCGUGUUCAGCGUGACGGCCAUAUUGGUUAUCGCCGUCAACAUCUUUGCUUGGCGUAGGCUGAGGCGUACACAGAAGGAUCUCCAAGGAAACGUAUUGUCCCGUCCAGAUGACGUACCCGUUACACUCAAGGCGUUUGCGUUCAGGGCCGCUUGAAACUGGCCAUUUCAUUUGGUGCCUAGGAAAAUUGUCUGGAAUUGUGUUGUGUGUGAAAAGCGGUCUGUAUGCUGGCAAAAUGUAGGACAAGAAAGACUCACGCCUUUGCAUUUGAACAGUUAAAGUAUCUCCUGGGCACCUAAUAAAAUAUUAUAGCCCUAUAUAUUAAUCUGUGCACAAUUAUACUAUUAUACAAUUGUAUAUACUCCUAAAGGUAUUUUUUGGGCACCUAAUAAAAUAUACCAGCCCUAUAUAUUAAUCUGUGCACAAUUAUACUAUUAUACAAUUGUACCAUUAUAUUUACUAUUACAAAGAGUGACAAGUACUCUUUAACAAUUAUCCAUGAUCAUGUUUGUAAUCUAUCAGUAACCGCUAUUCUUAAUCAGGUUACCUAUUACCAUAAUCUACCAGUAACCACUAUUCUUAAUCAGGUUACCUAUUAUCAUAAUAAUCAUGUAUACAUGUUAACCUUUUGAUUUUUACCUUUUGAUUAUUUUUGGGUACCUAAUCAUUAUUAUUACCAAACAUGGAUCUAGAUUUUCCAUGCAUUUAUCUUUGUUUAUGAAUAUGUCCAAAAGGGUAUGUAACAGAACCUUUUUUAUGCAUUUAAUCACUUAUUAUGUUUAUAUCUAAACAUAUGUUACGAGCACGCUCCUAAGAAACCAUGUUUAAAGUAACUUUUGUUAUUCAAGGCUUGAAUGGUAGCUGUCCGAGCCUAAUGUAAUAAAUACAUUUUAGAAUUACAUAAUCUGUAAAUAAAAACCCAUGACCUGAGGUCAUUGGCAUUAGGAGGGUCCUACGUGACCAAGGCAGAUCUAGAUUACGCUAUGCGAUGUCUGCAGUAGCCUGGUUUAGGUUUGGUUAGGAAUGUCAUCAUGUUGUAUAUUGUCAACCUAUCACAAACACCUUCCAUGGGAAGUGGUUGACCUGUUAACCUACGCUGGAAACUUGUAACUUCCGAGCCGGCGGACUACGUAUGUUUUUAUGUGAAUCGCUGAGAUAGCUAAUGUUUCGCUAUUGACGUGAUGCUCUAAUGUAGCAGUUCAUUUCUAUCGAUCAAACGAAACGGUCUCACGACCGAACUGUCUCUCUUGUUAUGGAGUUACAGAAUAAAGUUGUUGUGCUAUUUUCAACUUAUCCGUUUGAAUCAUCUCCUUUAAUUUAAGAAGAACCACUCUACUAAGAUAUCACAUAGGAGAAAGAAGGAACCAGAAAUACUUACGAAUGACAGUCGUAAGGAAAAACAAACAGUCUUUCGCAAAAGCGAAACGACUAA